AACUCUGGCUGGUUAUGGGUCGGUCACAUCACAUGACUGUGGGGGUGGGGGGAAGGAGCCGUGGGUCAUCGGGCAGCCGUUUCUCCAUCACACUCUUAAUAAUCAACUUUGCUGCUUGGAGCUGCUUCUGACACGUGUGGGGAGGGAGAAAGCCACAAGUGCUCAAAUCCCCCCCCCAGCCCCCGCCGCGCUCAAGUUCCCCUUUUCAGGGCCUGAUAAAAUGUCCCCGUUGGCACAGCGUCCUCAGUGGCGACCUGACAGCUCCCAGGUGGCACCAGGAGGGCUUCCCGACGGCGGGCAGGCGCAUCUCUGAGACCGAAGCAGGCAGGGUUUGAUCCCUGACAGCGCCACUCUCCCCUCAGCGCCUGGCGGCGAAACUGACAAGUAUGGCGGGUUACCUGUGUCUCUCCGCGCUCCUCCUGGUGGCUCUGCCGACCCCCUACGCCAGCCCGCUCUCUGCCGGCUCCUCCCUGCGCUUCAUCGCCCUGGGGGACUGGGGCGGGGUGUCCAAUCCCCCCUUCCACACGAUGCGCGAGGUGGCCACAGCCAAAGAGAUGGGCCGUACAGUGGCAGCGCUGGGCGCGGACUUCAUCUUGUCCCUCGGCGACAACUUCUACUACAAUGGGGUGCGGGAUGUCAACGACAAGAGGUUCCAGGACACCUUUGAGGCUGUGUUCAAGGGGCAGUCGCUGCGCAAGGUGCCAUGGUAUGUGGUGGCUGGGAAUCACGACCAUUCGGGGAACGUCUCGGCUCAGAUUGCCUACAGCAAGGUCUCCAAGCGCUGGAACUUCCCCAACUACUACUACAGCCUGAAGUUCAAGGUCCCCAAGAGCAACGCCACGGUGGCCCUCCUCAUGAUUGACACUGUCACCCUGUGUGGGAACUCGGACGACUUCCAGUCCCAGCAGCCCCAGCAGCCCCAGAAUGUGGGGCUGGCCCGCAGCCAGCUGGCCUGGCUCCGCAAGCAGAUGGCUGCCUCCCAAGACGACUACCUGCUGGUGGCCGGCCACUACCCGGUGUGGUCGGUGGCCGAGCAUGGGCCCACCCAUUGCCUGGUGAAACACCUGCAGCCGCUGCUGCUCAAGUACAAGGCCACUGCCUACCUGUGUGGCCAUGAUCACAACCUGCAGUAUCUGCAGGACAAGGCUGGCGUGGGCUACGUGCUGAGCGGGGCCGGCAACUUCAUGGAGAACUCACGGAAGCACUACCACAAGGUGCCCGAGGGCUACCUGCGCUUCUUCUACGCCGAGCCGGCGUCCCUGGGCGGCUUCGCCUACGUGGAGAUCAACAGCAAGGAGAUGAGUGUCACCUACAUUGAGGCCAGCGGCAAGUCCCUCUACAAGACCUCCCUGCCCCGGAGGAGCCGCCUCUGAGACCCCUCCCCACGCCCCCAUCUAGGAGGGUGCAGGAAGUGGGGGUUCAGAGCUCACUCCUCUUUCGUUUGGCACUAAGGGAAAUGCUGCGAGAGGCAUUGAAGCUCUCUGAUUUUUAAGGCUCCUGCAUCCGAUCUCUGGGGGAAUCCUCCCCUUGCCCCCUGUAGCCCCCAGCAUGCCUCCCAAGGCUUUGCAAACACCUCCUCCCCUGGAGAAGCAUCCCCCUCUGUUUAUUGCUUGAUCCCCUCUUCCCUCCUCAAUAGAUCAUUCCAGCUCCCUUUGACCCCCUCAAACCAAUGGUGGCUUUGGGGCCCUCCCCAUAGGUUUCUGUGUCCAGGACCCUUUGUAGAUGGGGCCAGGGGAAUCAGAGUCUGUGCUCCCUUUCCCAUCACACCACCCACGUCCCUGGGGAGACGUCCCUGUUUCUUUGCCUGCUGCACAUGCGCCUCCCCGCCCUGCUGCUAGGAGCUCGGAGGGCACAGGUCGUGGGUUUGCACCGAGGUAUCACUGGGUUGGUUGGGGCAAGUCUCCUGCCAUCUCCCCUCUCUAUCCCACUUCUAGGGGCAGCACGUGGCUGCUGUGGGAGAAGAGUGGGAAUAUGCAAACUUUUCCCCGGGCUGUGGCAGGCCGGAGAUCCGGGUUUGAUUCCUGGCUGCGCCAGAGUCCCCUGAGUGACCAUGUCUUCCUCUCUUUAGGCACCAGCUCCCCUUCUGUAAAACGGGGCUAAUGGCCCUUUCACGCUCCCCUCUUUGCCUUCUGAGGCUGUAAAUUCCUUGGGGAUCGCCUCUGUACCUCUCCUCAUGUACUGCUACUGCAUAAAUGACUUAACCACCAAUGCUCCCAGGAGAGCUAUUCCCUCAUCCUGUCACCUGGAGGCGCUGUGACCUUCCUUCCUCUUCUCAGGUACAAAAUCCUCAUAGCCACAUGCUAUGGGGCUGGGAAGCUGAUUUUUUUUUUUUUUUUGCUGACCAGUAAACUGUGUUGUGCCAGAGGAAGACGCAGUACUGCCCAGAUCUGACCUGGGCUGUGUUUGUGUUUUCUGAGAUGACUGUUUUUAACCCUCACAUACUGACCGGUCCUGUGUGCUUCCUCCAAGUCUAACCGUAAAAAGGGGCGGGCGCGUGAUCCCCGUGUGAUUGUCAAAGACUUUUAAGUUCUGGAGAAACUUCUUCUUCACCCUCUGCAGCAUUGCACCUGUGAUCUGUUGCUCCCUGAAGCUGCUGCAAAGGGAACAGACUCUUCUAAGUGUCUUUCUUGUGACUAUUUUCAAUAAAUUAUAUUUUAAAAAGUC